UUGUUGCCAGCUUCACUGGGCUUUGGGUAAGAUACCGACGGGAAGCUAAUAUGAAGAAUGGAACUGCCGGAUUCUAUCAGAAAACGAUUGGGGGACUUCUCUCGCACUGUACUUAUCGACCAGAAACAAAACCAACCGUCGCAUGAGGAGAAUAUCACUUUCUUAGGACACAGUAAUGAUGUUGUGUCCAGUCUUCCUCUGCAAAUUUCCCUGUCUUUCAACAUGUGGUUCUUCCCCUUAUGGUGGGUUUGUGAAGUUGUCAUGCUGGACCUCAAGUAUCCUGCCCUUCCUGAGUACUACAAGUUCAUCCUUAUAACUGUCCUCACUAUAAUGACCCUCAUUGAGGCUGUUAGACUCUAUCUGGGCUAUGCAGGAAAUCUGCAAGAAAAGGUUCCAGAGUUGGCUGGUUUCUGGCUGCUGAGUCUUCUAUUGCAGUUCCCUUUAGUUCUGUUCCAGCUCUUCAAUGAAGCCAUUCUCGUCCAGCCCUUGGAGAGAGGGAUUCAUAUAGUCCUGGGUUUGUUUAUACUAACACAGGCUCUUUCUGGGUUUGUGGCACUUCGUGCAAUGGUCAGACAUACCGAGAACCACUUCCACCUCAGACAAUUUGAUGGACUCCAGGAGUUAAGACUUGAUCAGUAGUCACUGCUUCAUUUCAGUUGGAAAAGGAUGUCAGCAUGCUCUGGCACUUCUGGAAUUUUGGUUUUCCAUGCUCUGGUUUUGCAACCUCAAUCAAAUUUUCUCCCACCUGCAUAAAUAGCAUUUUCUCAACAUUCUUUCAUAUCCACUCUGCUUGUCCUUAAUGCUAAUUUGUAAAAUUUAUUGUGUUUUUAAGCUGUGGUUUGAAAAUGCAUUAUAUUGCUAUUUUGGCUUUAUUUGUAUGAUGUUACAUUAAAGCACUUUAAUACCUCUUUCCUGCAUGCACACCUUGCUUCUCUUGUUCACUUUGAGCUGCAGAACCUUGUAAUUUAGAGAUUAAACACUGCAUAUGUUGUCAAACAGAUAUACAGUUUCCAGCACACUUCACUUUUAAACACCAUACACCUUUGUAUUAAGACUUUGUACUUUUGACACCUUAUGAAAAAUUUUGUACUGAGAUGGAUGAAUUAAAUGUGCUACAAGCAAA